UUGACAUUUGACAUUUUGUCAAUCAGAAAUCCCGAAAUCAAAACAAUAAAAAUAAAGUAUUUCGUAUAUAAAUAUUAUAGGAAAAGCGUAAAUUAAGUAUCUAAAAUAACUAUAAAAUGUUUCGUACCUUGAUCAACGCAGAAGCAAAGUUUUGUCAACGGAUUUUGUUAAGAGGAGUGAAUUCCUCUUCAUCUACGGGUACAUGGGAUGUGUUAGCGGGAUUAUGUAUUGAAAGACUGCCAGUUGUUACUCCUCCGCUUAAUGAUAUGCAAAAGAAGUACAAAAAGCUACUUGACACCAUUGAAAUUGAAAGAAGUUUGAAGUCUGAUCACGAAAUAAGGCGUGAAAAUGAUAAAAAACAAGCAGAGUUGAUGAAGAGUGAGUCCAGUGAUGUGGACACAGUCAGUAAGAUCACGGCACAGGAUUUUGAAGAUGCUGCAAAUGAAGAACUGGCCCAGUUCAAGUUUGCACCUAUUGAAACAGAAGCAGACAAGAAAGGUGACAAGACAUCAACGGAGAGAUACCUGCAGAAACACCUGGUGCUGGUGAAACAAACAAAGCUCGGCUCCGAUGUGAAGAGCAUACUUCCCCAGGGGGCAUGGAAGGAGGGAGAGACAUUGAGACAAACGGCAGAACGCGUGCUGUCGGAGCAGUGCGGCGGCCUGCAGGUGCAGUUCUACGGGAACGCGCCGUGCGGCUUCUACAAGUACAAGUACCCCAAGGAGGUCGACGGGAAGGUCGGCGCUAAAGUAUUCUUCUACUACGCUAGCUAUAAGGGCGGUGCAGCAACAAAGGACAAGACCGCAGUGACCUGGCUGAGCAGACAGGAGCUGUCAGAGACCCUGCCCGAGCGGUACCACAAGUCUGUGGCAGAGUUUCUGAUAGAUGAGGCGCAUUAUUGUAGUGUUUGUUAAUUUGUUGUUAAUUGUAAAAGUUAGAUAAUAAAGUAGUGUUACGAUA